AAAUUAGGUACAGUGUCAAGGGCAAAUCAGUCAUUUCGACACCACAGGGUAACCACUCGUUCGCGUUAGCGCGGUAGUUUUAUUCAAAGGCCAGUAAUGAUUUUCAGAGUAGCUGCGAAAGCAACUAACAAUUAACAAAGAAGUCGACGCCAUAACCACUCCUCGUAGAGUAGAGCCCCAUCUUCCUCAGUCCUCGCAGAGAUUGAGAGAAAGCAAUCAUUUUGUCGAAGCUCCAAGUUUUCCAACAAUGGCGGUCUCGGAUUUCAUGAGAUGAUGAUUGUUGGUGUAUAGCUUGGGUGGCCAUUAUGUUCUGUACAACCCCAGCAACACAUUUGCUUUAUUAAGCAUUUGGGAACAUAAAGCAUUAACCGAAUAGAAAGAAAAGGUUAAUGGGAGCUGAACAAAAGAGCCAAUGAUUAAUGGUUCAUAGUUGAAUGUGUUGGACUGUUGAUAUAUAGUCUCGUUAUCAGUCUUGCCUGGAAGAAGAUUGGGUAAGGGUGAAAGAUGGUGGCCAUUGGUGGCGAGGAGCCAAUGCAAGAGCCAGGUAGCCACGGGGACAGAAUAUUUGUUUCAGUCCGGCUGAGGCCUUUGAGCGAGAAGGAGACUGCAAGAAACGAUGUGUCGGAUUGGGAAUGCAUUAAUGACAGCACUGUCAUAUACAGGAACAACCUUUCAGUUUCUGAGCGCUCCAUGUACCCAACUGCCUACACAUUUGACAGAGUAUUUGGGACUGAUUGCUCCACAACACGGGUGUAUGAAGAAGGAGCCAAGAAAGUUGCUCUUUCAGUUGUCAGCGGCAUAAACUCAAGUAUUUUUGCAUAUGGACAGACAAGCAGUGGAAAGACGUACACCAUGAGUGGAAUUACUGAGUACACUGUUACUGAUAUAUAUGACUACAUCGAGAAGCACAAGGAGAGAGAAUUCCAAUUAAAGUUCUCUGCAAUGGAGAUCUACAACGAAUCUGUUAGGGACCUCCUCAGUGCAGAUACCACUCCACUUAGACUUCUGGAUGAUCCGGAGAGAGGAACAAUUGUUGAGAAACUUACAGAGGAAACUCUGAGGGACUGGGAUCAUUUCAAAGAACUUCUAUCUGUCUGUGAAGAUCAAAGACAGAUAGGGGAAACAGCCCUAAAUGAAGCAAGCUCCAGAUCUCAUCAGAUUCUCAGAUUGGUAAUAGAAAGUUCAGCACGUGAGUUUCUUGGCUAUGACAAAUCAAGCUCCCUUACAGCUGUUGUGAACUUUGUCGAUCUUGCCGGAAGUGAGCGUGCAUCCCAGACAUUAUCAGCUGGCACAAGGUUGAAAGAGGGUUGCCAUAUAAAUCGCAGUCUACUAACUCUGGGCACUGUUAUUCGCAAGCUCAGCAAGGGAAGAAAUGGGCAUGUUCCUUACCGAGAUUCGAAGCUAACCCGCAUUCUGCACUCCUCCUUGGGAGGAAAUGCUAGAACUGCCAUAAUUUGUACCAUGAGUCCUGCACAUAGCCAUGUUGAACAAUCAAGAAAUACCCUCUUGUUUGCAAGCUGUGCUAAAGAAGUGACAACAAAUGCGCAGGUUAAUGUAGUCAUGUCGGAUAAAGCAUUGGUGAAGCAUUUGCAAAGAGAAUUGACUAGAUUAGAGAAUGAGUUGAGAGGUUCAGGACCAAAAACUGUUCCAGCUGAUUCUUCAACUUUACUAAGAGAAAAGGACCAUCAAAUUGAAAAGCUCAAGAAAGAGGUAUCCGAGCUGACUCAGCAACGAGACCUUGCUCAGUCUCAGGUUAAGGAUCUAGUGCGAGUUCUUGGAGAUGAUAAACCAUCAGCAGAGGAUCUGGAUCGUUAUUACCCCAAAUUGCGAGUGCGAAAUGCAUGGGACAUUGAAAUUCAAACAUCAGGGGCACCUGUUCAACCUGUUUCUCACGGCCGAGCCAACAGUGUUAGAUCUUUUGGCACAUCUCAGUAUUCAGAUGGAGACAGUGGGAGUAGUUCUGAUGAGACUUUAUUCCAACUUCCUGACUUGGAAGAGAGUUUCCUGCACACUGACUCCUCUCGGCAGUUGUCCGUUGGCAUUCCUAAUUUUGUUGAUGGGAAUCUGCAUCAGGAGGAGAGCAAAGAACGAUAUGAUGGAAAUUCGGAGGAUCUUUGCAAGGAAGUACGCUGCAUUGAAAUGGAAGAGUCAGGCACAAACAGAUAUGUAGUGUCAAAUAUAUCAGAUUCAAGUGCAAGCAGAUACCAAAACUCAAAUAUGUCGUCUCCGAUGGCAAACACAGCUACCUCAGGAUUGACAAUGGUUGAGAACGGAGAUGGCACAAAUCAAGAAUUGGAGUCACCCCUAUUGAACCGAAAAAUUCCAUCUUCCGAGCAGACAUCUCAGUGGCUGUCAGAGAAAGAUAUGUUUAGCCCCUCAUUCUUGAAGUUAAGGAGGACUAGAAGUUGUAGAGCACGUCUUAUGAACAGUUGGUCUUCAUGUUGGUUUGAGAUGAUGGUAGAGAAGAAUGAGAGCACACCUCCUCCAAUUGAUUUUGAGAAAAGUUUUACAGGAAGGCCUGAGGGUGUCCAAAAGAAACUUCCUUCAUUGAACUAUGGAGGUGAGAAUGAGAGGCUAUCAAGAAAUGGCUCUCAGGCUUCUGCAAGAAGUGAUACUGUUGAGGAGUGUAAAGCACAAAAUACCACAUUCACAACUGAUGACAAGAGUACUGAAUGCAGUACCUUAGCUGAAGGAACAGAGGAAAUGACUGAUACCAAAUGCAAUACUCAACUUGCUGAUCGUACGGUACUAGAGACGGAUUUAAAGCCCGUACCAUCUGCAAGGGAUGUAAAAGAUGUUGGCUUGGACCCAAUUCAUAGUGAUGAGGAAAGCCCUUCAAUGUGGCCUUCAGAAUUCAACAGGCUCCAAAGAGAGAUCAUUGAACUUUGGGAUGCCUGCAACGUGUCAUUGGUUCACAGGACUUACUUCUUCCUCCUAUUUAAAGGUGAUCCGAGUGAUUCUAUUUACAUGGAGGUUGAGCACAGGAGAUUGUCCUUCCUCAAAGACACAUUUGCUCGGGGCAAUCAAACUUUGGAAGAUGGUCAAACUAUAACUCCAGCUUCAAGCUCGAAGGCUUUGUCUAGUGAGAGACACAUGCUGACCAAGCAAAUGCGGAGGCGGCUCUCUGCAGACGAAAGAAAUAACCUUUACCUAAAGUGGGGUAUUGGGCUACAUUCAAAGAAUAGGAGGCUGCAAUUGGCAAACCUUCUGUGGAGUGACACCAAAAACAUGGACCAUAUCAUGGAUAGUGCCACCAUUGUUGCAAAGCUUGUGAGCACAGUAGAGCCUGAGCAAGCAUUCAAGGAGAUGUUUGGACUCAGAUUUGCACCCCGAGACGCGAGGCCGAAAACUCACUUCUGGACAGAAAGUUUCAAGGCUCUUGUGUAAGAGCUUGUGGGAUCACCAUGUUAGAAGUUUCAUUUUGUUCAAUUCCAAUCACCUAUAGAACAAUGAUUCCUUGACAAAUAUCCCAUUUGAUAUUCUCUCUUCUGAUUGUAAUUUUUGUUUCUA